AUGGUGCAACCAGCAAGGAUUGAGACUACCCACUUGAAGGAAGAACAACUCUUCCUACUCCAGUUGGUCACCAGCAAGGAACAGAGGUUCAAUGCUUUGCUAUUUCAGAGGUGGACAGCAAUAGCAUUCAAAAUCUUGCAAGAGAAUUGUUACUUUGUUAAGAGGAGUAAGUGUGCCUUUGCUGCAGCUGCUGUGGAUUACUUAGGUCACAUUAUCAAGCAUGGCACGGUUUCCACAGAUCCACAAAAGAUAGAAGCUGUGGUCAAUUGGCCCACUCCUAGCAACAUUAAACAACUUAGAGGAUUCUUGGGGUUAACUGGAUAUUACAGGAGGUUUAUCAAGGGGUAUGGUGACUUGGCUAGAACUCUAACCUUAUUACUACAAAAGAAUGCCUUUCAGUGGUCAGAUUCAGCAACUCAAGCCUUCCAAACACUUAAAGAUGCUCUUACUUCAGCUCCUGUUCUUAGGCUUCCAGAUUUCUCUAAGGAAUUCAUAGUGGAAACUGAUGCAUGUGGCACUGGAAUUGGGGCUGUAUUGAUGCAAGAAGGAUAG